UCCGUCUGUUGAGCGGACACAGAGGGAAAAGUUGGUCAAGAUGGCAAAUCCUGCAGAGCCGGAGUGAAAGGGCGCUGCUGCCCCUCUGAAGACUUAAAACAAGCUGCGCCUGUAUUUCCUCCUGAAGGGGAAUCCAGCGAUGCAAACUGCGCCAGAAGGCCUGAGAGGGAUUCCCUGAAGAAAAAUGCAAGAGGCUGAAGCUGAAGUGAGACAGCUUGAGCUGGAAGAGAGCUGACUCAUCAAAUAUCAUUCCCUCCCUGUUCCACCAAGCAGCCAGAAACAGCUCAGAUCCCCUAAUGUCUGCUUAGAGAGGACCUCUUACCCCCUCCCAUCUUUCACUCUCACCCAAGGAGAUUAUUAGAAGGAGAAGGUGCAGCAGUGGUCUAUCCAGCGUCUGGGACGUCCCAUUGUAACCGCUCAUUCACCUCAGCUUCCUCCUCCCUCCCCAUCACAAUUGGUGCUUCUCCAUCCCUCACGCCUCACAGACCAUGAUGUUUCGGGAUCAGGUGGGCGUGCUGGCCAGCUGGUUUAAGGGAUGGAACGAGUGCGAGCAGACCGUGGCUCUGGUGUCCCUGCUGAAGAGAGUGAGCCGGACCCAGGCCCGCUUCCUGCAGGUCUGCUUGGAGCACUCCCUGGCUGAAUGCACGGAGCUGCAGGUCCUGGAGGGAGAAGCAAACAAUCCAGUUCUUAUCAGUCAGUGGCAAAGUGAACCAAAGGAGCGCAUCAUCUCGCUGGUCCUUACCCACCUCCCUCUGCUGAAACCGGGCAACACGGAAGCUAAGAGCGAGUACAUGCGUCUGCUGCCCCGCAUCCUGGCCCACACCAUCGAACAUGGCCACCACCUGGAGGAGUCCCGCCAGCUUCUGUCCUAUGCUCUAAUCCAUCCCGCCACCUCCUUGGAUGACCGUUCCGCUCUGGCGCUCUGGCUGAACCACUUGGAGGAGAGGGCUGCUGCGAGGGGGGAUUCCCUAGAAAGGCCCCCUCCCGCCUCUGGCCCCCACCAUCACCAUCAUCAGUCCACACCCUCUUCCACCCUCUCCUCAUCAUCCUUGUCUUCCACAAACUCUUCCUCGUCCGGGAACCUGUACAACCUGCACCACCACCAGCGUUAUGGCUCAGACGAUCGUCUCAACGGGUGGCAGAACUCUCGCGAUUCAGGAAUCGGUGGAGGCUGGCACCAGCAGCAGAGCUGUGAGAACGGACACCUCUCUCUUUACCCAUCGUCCUCAGUGCCAGCAACCAUCAACACAGUUGGAACCAGUGGUGGAAGCAACACGAUUCUUACAAGUGGAGGAGGAAGUCAGCAACACAGUCCCCUAAAGCGCUCCGUGUCCCUUACGCCUCCUAUCAGUGGCCCCAACAACCAGCCUCUGGGCCACGUCUGGCUGUCCCAAGAGGACCUUCGGACUAGCAGAGGCCCUGCCCCCGACCAUGCUCCCCUCUCCCCUCAGAGUAGCAUUGCCUCCUCAGGCAGUGGGGGCAGCGAACAUCUGGAAGAUGCUGGUUUAGGAGGCAGUUCAAGUCUUCAUCGCAAUUCGUUCCAUGAGGACGGCAGCGGGAUGAGGGAUGUUCCUGCUUGGCUCAAGAGUCUUCGUCUCCACAAGUACGCCGCGCUCUUCUCCACAUUAACCUAUGACGAGAUGAUGUCACUAACGGAGGAACAACUAGAAGCACAGAAGGUCACCAAAGGAGCUCGACACAAGAUUGUAAUCAGCAUUCAGAAACUCAAAGAGAGGCAGAACCUCCUUCGCAGCCUGGAAAAGGACGUCUUAGAGGGUGGAAAUCUACGCACCCCUCUUCAGGAACUCCACCAGAUGAUCAUAACCCCUAUUAAGGCCUUCAGUGGAGGGGAAGAGUCAUCUUUGCAGCGUAGCGUUAUGAAUCCUGAGACGAAGCGUUCAUCCGACUCCAAUCUCUCUGGAGGGGGUGGAGGUGAAGCCGAGUCUGGUGCUAGUGUCAUCGCUGAGGGGGAUCUACCUGGUCAGUUCACUCGUGUCAUGGGCAAAGUUUGUACACAGCUCCUUGUAUCACGGUCAGAUGAAGAUAACUUCAGCUCCUACCUGCAGCUGAUUGAUAAAUGUCUCAUCCAUGAGUCCUUCACAGAGACACAGAAGAAGAGGCUGUUGUCUUGGAAACAACAGGUCCAGAGGCUUUUCCGGUCCAUUCCACGGAAAACACUCCUUGACAUUGCAGGGUACCGACCUCAGAGGAGUCGUUUUGGUCAGUCAAACUCUCUCCCUACUGCAAGCUGUGUUGGAGGCAGCGUGUCAGCCAGGAGGAGUCUCCACCAGUUCCACAUGCCUUCCAGGAGUUUGCCUGGGGCCAGGCUUGGUCUACUGGGCAGUGGAGGCUUGCUGGGACCCACGCCUCGCAGCUCCAGCAGCACCCCAACUGGUCCCAAGCAGGGGAGACAUGGUCCAUGGUUCGCCAACCCUGGAGGAAGUAACAGCAUGCCCAGUAGGAGCCACAGCUCUGUACAGAGGACGCGUUCCCUGCCGGUCCACACCACGCCACCAACCAUGGUUACGUUCCAACAAGCCGAUCAUCAGUUUCCAGUGACGGAGCCGGACAUAAACAAUCGUCUGGAGUCCUUGUGUUUGAGUAUGACGGAGCACGCUUUAGGAGAUGGCGCUGAUCGCACAUCAACAAUAUGAGAUCAUCAGGAUGGAACGGGUUCUCCUAUAAGCCACCUGAAGGUCACUGGUCCUCCCCCUCCCCCCCUCCUUGUAGCUGAUGGUAGAGCUCAACCAACGGAGCAGGCAGGACCUAAGAGACGCACACAGGCUGAUUGCAAACGGCUGACACAACCCAUCAUCCUUCGGGUCGGAAUAAAAGAAACUACCUUCCUGCUCUGCCAGCAUGCUUGGUCACCUGAAUCUGCAGUUGGAGAAAGUAUUAAAACAAACGUUGGACAGAGCAUGAGCAUAGCCCCCCCCCGGCUCCACACACCUGUGGAGGCUUGUGGAAGGGAGACGAUGGCCUGUGGAUCAGGUCUCAGUAGGACAUCAUCUGGCGCAACGACCAGAUCAACAUGGUGUCUUUGGCUUCAUUAACGUUACCUCAGAGUAAGACGAGCAGAGCAGCGAGGAUGCAGCGGGACGUUUGGCGAUUCUUGGACUCAUUUCAGAGAGAUCUGAACAUUCUGAGCAGAUGUUUGUAGAAGUGAGCAUCACAUCUCUCCAAGUAUUCAGCUGAUAACAUGUAUCCACAUGACGUGUCUGUAUUGUUUACAUGAAGAUGCUACUGUCAGAGGGUACAGAGACAUGUAUUCAUAUAAGGUAGUUACGUAUGGAAAGCUUUACAUCCCACAAGCAGCCAUCAAACUAGUUUUCAAUGAAUGUCCUUGUUCUUUAUCUUAGCUUCUUAAUAUAAGAAAAAAAAUGCUGACUAGUGCUGAUCUUUUAGCUAAGAGAAUGAUGGGAGGAACUGGAGCAGACAUGGAGGAAGGUGGUUCGGAGAAGGACGUAGAAUGUGGUAGAGGAAAGAAAUGAGCUGAAGUGAUGCUAAGAGGGGAAGCGGAUGUUUUAAGAGGCCGGACCUCUGAAGAUGACGGAUGGGGAUGAUAUCGUGUGAGUGAGGGUAGGAGGAAGUGGAUAAGUUGUUUUCACUCAAAACUUGUUCUCUGAACUAAAUCUUUACAGGAAAAUCUAAACAGGGAAAGGGAAUGUCGAUGUAUUUCUAACUGGGGAAACGAUCCAGGCAUGUUGGGAUGUUGGGUUCUCUAAAACAGGGUGAUUUCUUUGAGCUGCAUGUGACAAAUGAAUAUUUGAGUGAAG